CAAGUUAAAUCAGCGAACAAAGGACGUCAUCAUUCUCAGGUAGCUAAAGAAGCAGAUGAGCCAGAUUGUCCACUAUCAAGUCCAGUUUUAUCAUAGAGACAGUCAGACGUCUUAUCAGUCUUAUCCAAGCGAUAACCGGAUAUGGAAUAUAAAGGCAAAGACAACACUUUCAGUGUCUUCACAUCGAUUUCAAUUGACAGACGUGCCAAGCCAAGCAAACACUUAAUUUAAGCGAAAAACUUUCAAGCAUGUCCAAACUCACGGAAUAUGCCGUCAUUUGGAUACUUUUAAUCGUGGCCAUUGGCUGCCUUGUCUUGGGCUUAAUCUUUGGCCUUGGCAACGAGGUAGAUGGCCGCAUUGGCGCCGUUGCUUCCAAUGGCGUUGGCUGUGCUGAGAUCGGUGGCCAAAUGCUCGAUGUGGGCGGCUCAGCGGCCGAUGCCGCAAUUGCGACAAUGCUCUGCGAGGGCGUUAUGUUGCCACAUAGUUUGGGAGUUGGCGGUGGCUUCGUGGCCACCAUUUACAACAAGGCAACCGGCCAGAUGGAGACACUGAUUGCACGGGAAACGGCGCCGGCGGCAGCAACACAAGACAUGUUUGUGAAUUUAACCAAGGAUGAUCACGUGACGGGCGCUUUGUCCUGUGCUGUGCCCAGCGAGAUCUUUGGCUAUUGGAAGCUACACGAGCGACUCGGCAAAUUGCCUUGGCGCGCACUCUUUGAGCCGACCAUCGAACUGUGUCGCAACGGCAUCACCGUGUCGCUUUAUUUGGCCGGUGUGCUGGCCAAAAAUGAGGAGCACAUCCGGCGGGAGCUCUCCAUGUCCGAGAUCUUCAUCAAUCCCGCCACAGAGCGCGUCUACAGAGAGGGCGAGGUCAUGUAUCGGCAUGUGCUCGCGGACACUCUAGAGAUUAUUGCCACGGAGGGAGCUGAGGUGCUCUACCGAGGUGGACGUGUGGGACGUAUGCUCGUCGAGGAUAUCCAGGAGAUGGGCGGCAUCAUAACCGAGCAGGAUCUGCAGAGCUACAAUGUGCGCUGGGAGGAACCGCUGCGCAGCAGCUUUGGCCACGGCUACGAUUUGUACACAACACCGCUGCCCACCAGCGGAGCACUGUUGAUCUUCAUUGUGAAUGUGAUGGACAAAUUGUACUCGAAGGAUAUGCCGAUCGAAACGUUUUGGCAUCGCCUUGUGGAGAGCUUCAAGCACGCGUAUGGCCAGCGCUCAAAUUUGGGCGAUCUGCACUUUGAGCCUUCGGUGCGUCCGCACUAUCGGAAGCUGAUCGAUCCGAGAUUCGCUGACAAGAUUCGUGCACUGAUUCGGGACGAUGAGACGUUUGAGGAUAUUCAUUAUUAUGGCGGUAAUUUUAGCAGUGUCGAGGAUCAUGGCACUGCGCAUAUUUCGGUGUUGGCGCCCAAUGGCGAUGCCAUCUCGGUGACCAGCACGAUCAACGGGGAUCUCGGUGCCCGGGUGCGAUCGCGUCAAACCGGCUUCAUACUCAACGACCAGAUGAAUGACUUCUCAAAGCCCGGACGUGUGGAUGCCUUUGGCAUUCCCGAUAGUCCUGCGAAUUACAUUAAGCCCGGCAAGCGUCCCAUGUCCUCAGCGUGUCCCAGCAUUGUGCUCGACAAACAGGGCAAUGUCCAGCUGAUUGUUGGCGGCGCUGGCGGCCCUAAGAUCACCACCUCGGUGGCGCAGGCCAUACUCCGAUACUUUGUGCUCAAGGAGUCCGUCUACAAUGCGGUGAACUCGGGUCGACUGCAUCAUCAGCUGGUGCCGAUGCACGUCGAAUUGGAGCCAUCGGUGCCGCGACGCACGGCUGAUCAUCUGGAGGGGAUUGGCCACAAGCUCAGUCCAUUGAGUGGGCACAGAGCGUACUCGGCGCUCACGGCCAUUGGCAGCAAGGAGAACGUUCCCGAUCCCAUCUGCGACUAUCGACGCGAGGGCAGCGCUGUCCUCGUUGGUCCCAGCUUGGAUUAUGUUUAACUCGCAUCAUCUACUCACUUCUUCCGCCCUCUCUCUCUCUCUCUCUCUCUCUGUCCAUCCCCAUCUCAGCUCAUCAACUACUUACAAUAAAUAAAAAUAUACAUUUUUAAUAUACCGAAGAAAUAACAAAACAAUUUCAUGCAGAAAUCUCGGAUUUUUCAUUUUUCCAUAUUUUCAUAUUUUAGGUCACAACAAAUCAGAAAGCUACAGUCGACUCUAAAAUGAUGCACUUUGUUCCAGUCUAUUUAUAUUUUAAGUGUGUGACAUUUUUUAGCAAAAGAAAAAACACAUUAUUUGGUCCCUAAACUCUUCAAGGUGACUUCUAAUCUGGUGUAAAGCAUUUGCCUAACUUCCAAAUUUGAGACAUUUAUAGAUUACCGAAUGCUAGAUAAGGGAAAAUGUGAAUGUCUGCUUACAAGUUUUAAUGUUUGCUAAGACUCAAAUAGAAAUAGCGUCCAUUGAUCUCGCUUUCUGUCAUCCUAUCUCUCUCUCUCCCUCCCUCUUAUUUUCUAUCUCUUUCUUAAGCAUGAUAACAGAUGUUUGCGAUCAUAGCGAUUGUAUUAGAUCUAAUUCAUUUAAUUUUUCCAGCGUACAACAAAAUGAACUUAACAUAUAAUAACUUCUUAUUUAGUUUGUGACCCGAAAUACUCUAGAUAAUUGUAUAGAUCUUGAGUUAUAAUUCAAUAAAUAAGAGUACAUACCAUAAAAUGAUAAAAUAUGUUGAAAAAUGAACCGUGUUAGAAAUGUGUGAUGGCUAGAAUAAAAUAGAAAGAGAUGAUGCCAUAAAUGAAAUCAAUAUGAAUGAACACAAAAGUUUUAAAUACAAUCAGUAAAUUAUUUAGAGUAAACACAUAAAUAAUUUGAUGACAAGUGGAGCAUAUAUAGAACAAACAAUAUUAUAAUAAUAAUGAGAGAACAGAAAAUGGACAAAACAUAUUUAAAAAAUCGAAAAUGAUAAUAGUAAAAGCCCCUUUGGUACACACAUUUAACAUUUAUAGUAAAUACAAAACAAACUUACGGUAGACGAGAGACUUUUGUAACAUGUAAAUAGUAAAUGUGAUUCACAUCUUGUGUUUUGCGUAUAAAUAAAGUCUUACAAUCUGUUCAAAUUUGAAUUUAAUGCUUAACAUAUAAAUAGUACUAAAUUAAUGUAGUAUUAUUUUUGUUUUUUUGUUUGACUGUGCUGGCUUUUCUGGUAGCUUCUUUCACCUGUUACAGUUCUGUAUAGGGGAACAAUUUCUACGGGGGAGGAAUAUAUAAAUAUAUAUAUAUUAUAUUUAGAGGCAUUCUAACGAUUGUUGUAAACUUGCAAUCAAUUCGAAUGGCUUGAAUUUAGUUGAUUUGAAUAUAUAUGCGCAGAUAUAUAUUUAUAAUAAGCUAUAUAUGAAUAUAAUUUGCAUUAAUUGAAAAAAAAAACUAAACGAAAUCAUUUAACAAAUUGCGAAUGAAAUGAACGAGAGAAUUUUGUUUGAAACUUUCUAAAUUCAGUGUGUGGUUUAUCAAGCGAUAUCGAGUCGAGUCCAAAAUCAAAGGCAUCUUCUUUUGCAUGUGUGU